AUGUCAUCCAAACGAGAGCUCUGUGCCAACACCCGGGCUGCCCAGGACGGAUUUACCGUCAAGCCCGUCAUCCGACAGGUCAAAACGCGACGACGGGAGGCGGACGGCACUAUUGUGGAGGAGGUGCACGAUGUUGACGUGCAGUACAGCCAUCCCAACACUGGGACUUGGUGGGCACGUGCUCAGGCAGAGAUUGACGCCGAUCCAGCUUAUGAAGGGGCACACAUCAUCAUCCCCAUCAUCGUGCACAUCGACAAGACCACCCUCGACGGCUUGCGCAAGUACUCUGCGUUCCCCGUGUACAUCUCCAUCGCCAACUACUCGUGGAAGACGUACAACGAACAAGGAGGAAUGGUGCUGGUGGCAUUGCUUCCACAGCCCGAGGCAGACCCCGACUGGCCGGGCGCAGGCUACAAGCCCGACAGCGAGGGCUUUCGAGGCACGAAGAGAUUCUUCAUGCACGGGGCGCUGGGGAUCGUGUUCGAAAGCGCGCGGGCGGCGUCCUAUACCGGCUUCGAGUUCGUCGACCCAUUCGGCGACAAGAGGAAGGGGGUCCCUCUGCUGUACGCCAUCAGCAAAGACCUCGGCGAGGCCUCCUCCAUCUCGGGCGUGCGAUCCAACUGCUGCGACUCCUGCCUAGUGGGGCCGAAGGAGCUGAACAAGGUUCGUGAGGCGCUUGCGGGAGAGUACACGGUUCGCACAGAGGCACACAUGUGCCCUAAGAUCAUGGAGAUCAUGGACCUCCAGGACGCGGGCGCGCCGCAAGUGCGAAUCACGGAGAAGUGCCGAGAAUACGGGGUUCAUCCAAUCACGCCAUGGUUCUUCGACUGGAAGUACGGAAACGAGGAUUGGAAUUCCCCGUACCUGAAGAUGGCGCCCGACGACUUGCAUUCCGUGUACGGCGGCGUGCUCGGCGCGCACCUGCCCCAAAUGAUGAGAGCGCUUGGGAAGCUGCUGCCAAUGGGAGCCACCAAGCUCCUCGAGACGCUGGACUGUCGUCUCCACCGUAUCUACACUCACCACAAGCCUGGACACUUACGUCUUCCUGCCUCUCCAACCUUUUUCACCAACCGUUACCCCACCCCCAACUACGAGUGGAAGGCAGUUCUCCAGGUCCUCCCCGCUCUAGUGGCCGGCCUCUUCCGAUCUGGGGGUCGUGACGUCCUCGUGGAGU